CUGCUGCUGCUGCUGCUGCUGGGCUCGUCCGUCUGGCCGCCGGGGGUCGGGGGCUGCGGGCCGGGCCGGGUGGUGGGCGGCCGGCGGCGGCCCCCGCGCAAGCUGGUGCCCCUGGCCUACAAGCAGUUCAGCCCCAACGUGCCCGAGAAGACGCUGGGCGCCAGCGGCCGCUACGAGGGCAAGAUCGCGCGGACCUCGGACCGCUUCAAGGAGCUCACCCCCAACUACAACCCCGACAUCAUCUUCAAGGACGAGGAGAACACCGGCGCCGACAGGCUCAUGACCCAGCGCUGUAAGGACCGCUUGAACUCGCUGGCCAUCUCGGUGAUGAACCAGUGGCCCGGGGUGAAGCUGCGGGUGACGGAGGGCUGGGACGAGGACGGCCACCACUCGGAGGAGUCGCUGCACUACGAGGGCCGCGCCGUGGACAUCACCACCUCCGACCGCGACCGCAACAAGUACGGGCUGCUGGCCCGGCUGGCCGUGGAGGCCGGCUUCGACUGGGUCUACUACGAGUCCAAGGCGCACGUGCACUGCUCCGUCAAGUCAGAGCACUCGGCCGCGGCCAAGACGGGCGGCUGCUUCCCCGCGGGGGCGCGGGCGCGCCUGGAGAGCGGCGCGCUGGUGGAGCUGUCGUCGCUGCGGCCCGGCGACCGGGUGCUGGCCAUGGGCGAGGACGGCCGGCCGACCUUCAGCGACGUCCUGCUCUUCCUCGACCGCCAGCCGGCCGCGGCCCGGGCCUUCCUCGUCAUCGAGACCCGCGACCCGCCGCGGCGCCUGGCCCUGACGCCGGCCCACCUCCUCUUCGCCGCCGACAACCACACGGCGCCGGCGGGGCGCUUCCGCGCCACCUUCGCCAGCCUCGUGCGGCCCGGCCAGUACGUGCUGGUGGCCGGCGGGCCGGGCCUGCAGCCGGCCCGCGUGGCGGCCGUGGGCGCCCGCGCCGCCCGGGGGGCCUACGCCCCCCUGACGCGCCACGGCACCCUCGUCGUCGACGACGUGGUGGCCUCGUGCUUCGCCGCCGUGGCCGAGCAGGGCCUGGCGCAGCUGGCCUUCUGGCCCCUGCGCCUCUACCACAGCCUGGGCGGCGGGCGGACGGCCGACGCGGGGACGGCCGGCGUGCACUGGUACCCCAGGCUGCUCUACCGGCUGGGCCGCCUGCUGCUGGACGAGGACAGCUUCCACCCGCUGGGGGUGGCGGCCGACAUGGCGGGCUGACGGCGUCCCCGGGCCUCGAGGGGCCCGUUGGCGGGAAUUCCCUGCGAGGAGGCCUCCGGACUGAGGACGAGGGGAGGGGGCGGGCUCCA